ACGUCAACAGUGCAACUCAAUGGGUUUCAAAGUGCUUGAUCUUCAUUACAGAUUAUACUAGUGGACGUAUACUAAAUAAUAAAAUAUUCUGCAAAAAUAAUACACUCACAAAAGGAAUAGAAGCUAAGCUCAGACAACUCAAUAGCUUUAAGAAUAUUUCGUAUAACCGACGACUUAUUAUGUUUGGUGGUGACGAUGGUGUUUUUAGUUUUGCUGGUAGUGGUAGUGGAGACGGUGAUACCGACCCAGACUCGAUGCUGGAGACUUUUUAUACGCCUAUAUACGUCCUAACUGCAGUCUUCGGGGCCAUUUUCGUUAUCGGACCUAUAUUCGCACGGAAGGCAAAAAAUAAAGAUGUUGUCAUUACCAGUAUUAUGAUUGGAGCAUUUUCAAUGUGGUUAUUCUGGGUGACUGUGUACAUUGCGCAGAUGAAUCCGCUGAUGGGGCCUCGGCUUGCAAACACCACUCUGGCGUGGAUGGCAUACGCUUGGGGCAAUCCAGCAAAAGGCGAAGAUGGGUACUGAAUGAAGACAUUUAAACAUUGCUGAGGCGAUUUGAUUUGUACUCAUUAAUUUAGUAACGUGUGUAAUGGCGAUUUGAUUUCUAUUUUAUUAAUUAGUAGCGUAUUUAAUA